UCUUCAUAUUGUUCCGUGGUAUUUCCACAUGCCAAGUGUAACCGGGCAAUCUUGGCACUGCCCAAGUGCAGCAUCUAAUCCUAUUUUGUCUUGCAAGAACUAGAACUUCUUGUUCAACAGACCCUUUCUUCAGUGUACAAGAGUCACAGAGCUUUGCGCAAGCUCUUGAACGUGGCCAAAACAAUGAACUACACACUCCACCGCCUCCUCCUGUCAUCCGUCUCCCUCGCCCUUAUUGCUUUCCAUGUCGCCGCCUCCCUCUCUACUUAUCCUACGAUUCCAGGUGCCGACACCGGCGAGUGCUCGGUCCCUGUUAGCGAAAAUCUAGUUCCAGUACGCCGAGAAGUGUAUGAUAAUGACAGGAUCAUCGACAUCACACACAGGAUCACGUCGGACUUGCCGUCCUAUGAAUCGAUGGGGAGCUUGGGGCAGUUCCUUUGGCUUGCUUUCAGCUUGAAGAAUGGUUCGCUCACCAACAACUCCGAGAUGAAGCUUCCUGCUCACACGGGCACGCACGUGGAUGCUCCCGGGCAUGUGUAUGAUCAUUACUAUGAAGCCGGGUUCGAUGUGGACACGCUAGACUUGGAAGUCCUUAAUGGUCCGGCAUUGUUGGUUGACGUUCCGAGGGAUAAGAAUCUCACAGGUAUAUCCCUCACUGAAAUAAUGGAGUCUCUACAUAUUCCCAAGGGUGUGAGACGGGUGUUGUUUAGAACCCUAAAUACUGACAGACGGCUUAUGUACAAAAAAGAGUUUGACACAAGCUAUGUGGGAUUCAUGAAAGAUGGAGCAAAAUGGUUGGUAGAGAACACAGAUAUUAAACUUGUUGGAAUUGAUUACCUGUCUGUUGCUGCAUUUGAUGAUUUGAUCCCAUCCCAUCUUGUCUUCCUUGAAAGCCGGGAAAUUAUUCUUGUUGAGGGCUUGAAACUCGAGGAUGUCCCCGCAGGAGUAUAUACUGUCCAUUGUCUGCCUUUGAGAUUGCUUGGUGCAGAAGGAUCACCUAUAAGAUGCAUCCUCAUCAAAUAACUGCUCUGAGAGAGUGGAAGUUAUCCGAAGCGCCAGGUGAGAAAAGGCAUUGCAUGCACGUUCGCCUCAGAAUUCAGAUGUUCUUUGGCGGGACAGAUUUGCAGAGAAUGCAGAAUUUUAGUGGUCAUGUGAAUAUGUUUAACUAUUACUAUAGGAAAACAGAAGCUAUGGUUAUGUCUACAUGAAUAAUGUUAGUCUUCCAAAAUAAGACUCGUCUGGAUUGUUUCCAUGUUUCUUCAUUUCGGUUACGAAAGAGCUGCUGGCUAUUUGAGUUCA